AUGGCGCGGGCGGAGUUGCCCCCGGGUGGCGAUUCCUGUGCUGGAGCACCGGCGCGGCGAUCCAGAGCUGCGCGGACAGCGGCACGGCGGCGCGCGCUGGAGUCCGUCGACGCGGGCUUCUCGGCGGCCAAGGCCGAGCUGCAGAUGAAGGAGGUCGAGCUGCGAGAGGUGGCAGCUGCGCUUGAGCUCAUCGUUGGGGAUUCUGUGACGGCUGACCGUGUUCGGGCCUUGCUGCCAGCGCUCAGCGCGCUGGUCCGCGGCGAGACGCCCGACUGGCUGGCUGUUCUUCGGCGGAACGUCGCGCUCCACGCGGAAGCGCCCGCGGUCGCCUCCAUUGCAUCGGCGGGCCCCGCUGCGCUUCGCAAGGCGCAGAGAGCCCUCGGCUGGGCCACGGGUGGGGCCGCCGCUACGCCCCGCAGCCUGGGGCACGGACGCCGCUGCGUUCGACCGCCCAGCCUUUCUGCCCCGCUGCUGUGGCCGACCCCGUCGGCCUGCUGCUGGGCACGCUGGGGGUGCAGGAUGAGGAGCCCGUCGAGGAGGUAG